GCGUGGAUUCCAAUCAGGCAAAGCGGAAGUCGCCUAAGCUUCCUGCCCGUAGUUGGGUCCUGUGCAGCCGCCCGUGCGAGGCUGUCCUGGAGACCCCGCGCUGCCUGCACCUCUAUCGUCUCGGUUGUCAUGGAUGAUGAAGACGGCAGGUGCCUUCUAGAUGUGAUUUGUGACCCAGAAGCUCUCAAUGACUUUCUUCAUGGAUCUGAGACCCAUUUGGACACUGACGACCUUUUGGAUGGUUCGGGUGACCCCUCCAGCUCGUUCUUCUCUACCACCGGGGGUCUCGUUCCUGAGGUCCAGCCGACAGUGCAGCUCUCGGCCAACGAGUCGACGGGCCUGCCCAGAGUCAGUGUUGACCUGGACUUCCUGGAGGACGAUGACAUCCUGGGAGGAUCCCCCGACGGGGAAGGCGGCAGCAACGGCAUCGGAGCGAACCACGAGCCAUGCGACAUCCUGCAGCAGAGCUUGGCCGAGGCCAACAUCACAGAGCAGAGUUUACAAGAAGCCGAGGCCGAGCUGGACCUGGGCUCCUUUGGGAUCCCGGGCCUCACGCAGGUGGUCCAGACGCUGCCUGACGCCGGCCUCCAGGGAGGCGGGGGCACUGGCGUAGGCAUUGGCGUCGGGGGAGCGGCCAUCUUUUCCGGAUCGGCUCAAAGCGCCGCCGCUACGACCCCAAACGCCACCGCUGACAUGUUGGGGUCGGUGCUGGCCCAGCAAGGUCUCCAGCUCCAACCACAGGUCAUGAACAAGGCCAUCAGCGUUCAGCCAUUUAUGCAGCCUGUGGGCCUGGGAAAUGUGACACUUCAACCAAUUUCAAGUCUUCAAACUCUUCCCAACGGAAGUCAGUCUGGACAUCUAGGGAUCGGACAGAUUCAGGUUGUGGGUCAGCCCACCGUCAUGACGAUCAAUCAGUCUGGCCAGCCCAUCUUGGCCAAAGCCAUGGGCGGAUACCAGCUGCAUCAGUCUGGGGCAGAGGUAUCGGGGGCGACUACUCAGACGGGUUUGGGGGCUUCAGGAGGGGGACUUCUCAUCCAAAGCAACAAAACCACUUUGGGGUCUCCAGCUUUAAACGGCCCGGCUGCAGUUGUUAGUAGUACAAACAGUAGUGGCACAAUGACCGCUACGGCUGGACUUGUGGGCUUUGGCCCUCAGGCCCCUCAGAGUUCAGGAAUUGCACCCCAGUCUCAAACCCAAGGCCAGAUCAUGCAGAACGUGAUCAUCCAGCGCACACCAACACCCAUUCAGCCUAAACCUCCCCAGGGGGGAGCCAUCCAAUCCAAACUCUUCAAGCAACAGCAACAACCACAACAGCAGCCACAGCCGUCCCCCCAAAACCUGCAAAACGAGGCCACCAAGGCUCUCGGGCUGCAGCAAAUUCCGGUUUCCGCAGCUCAGAAUGUAACUUUCCUUACCAGUAAAGCCGGCUCAAACGUUGUCCUCAGCACUCAGGCAACACAAGCCCCUCAGUUCCAGCAAACCCUGUUCAACCAACAAGGCACGCAGCAGUCUGGCAAACCUCUUAGUGUCCACUUGUUAAACCAAUCAGGCAGCAUCGUUAUUCCCUCGCAGACGGUUCUACAAGGUCAGAACCACCAGUUCCUCCUACCACAGUUGCAGGCAGGCGGGCAGAUCCUGACCCAACACCCUGGGGGGCACAUCAUCACAAGUCAGGGUCCUGGUGGACAACUCAUUGCAAAUCAGAUUUUAACCGCCAACCAGAACAUCAACCUGAGUCAAGUGUUGGCGUCCCAGGGUCAUCCUGGCGCCGCCCACAUCCUGUCAGGGCCCAUUCAGCUUCAGCCUGGCCAAAUGGGCACGCCCACCCUCUUCCAGAUGCCCGUGUCAUUGGCUCAGACGGGACACACCCACACCGUCUCAGGACACGCCCCCACCGUCAUACAAGGCAUGCCUAUCCAGAACUCGCUGACUAUGCUGGGCCAGGUGGAGGGCUUGAGCCCUGCAGUCAGCCUUCAGCCGGCCCUGCAACCACAGCCAGGCGGAGUCCCCAGCAGCAAUAGCGGCACCGGAGCGGCCACCAUGGCAGCUACCAUGGUCCAAGGGCAGCCGGGGGAGUGUGUGACGGUGCUAGGAAGCUCAACGGACCAAGCCGCCCAGCAGCACAUGGCGCAGUCGUCCAUCCUCGCCAUGCAGCAAGCCCCCUCCGUGGUCAGCACCAUGGCCUCCUCCGCUCCGUCCAUGACCACUUCAUCGGUGACGGCAGUCGGGCUGGUCCCCCCUCAGCACAGUCCCGGGAGGCUUCUGUUCACCAACCACCAGGGCUCCAGCAUGAUCCUGAGCCAGGAGUCUCUGCAGAUGUUCUUGCAGCAGCCAGGGGAGCAGCGCCACCACACAGAGAACUGUUCCACCCCCUUUGUGGGUGUCCCAGCCUCUGUAAUCGUCAGCAGCACCGACGUCACAACUCAUGACAGCAUAUUAAGUGACUCGUUGGCGCUUCACAGCCAUUCGGUCCAGCAGGUCCCUUCCGCUGGGCACCAGCAGCCCCUGAAGAUCCAGAGCAUGUCCUCCUCGCCGGUCCUGACCAGUCACACGGCGGUGCCCCCGGUGUCGGUCAGCCCCCAACCCUCCCAGUCCCCGCUGACCCUGAGCCAGCAGAUCCAGUCGCCGCACCACCAGUCGCGUCCUCCCUCCCAACCUCAGCCGUCGUCGCAAGCCUCGUCCCGCUCGUGCACGCCCUCGUCCCACCCGCCGCUCUUCAUCGUCCACAACCAAGUGGCCGAGUCCCCGCAGCUGGACCAGAUCCAGGUUCAGCUCCUGUCUCAGCCGCGACCCGCCUCGCAGCCGGCGCUGGAGCAGCCGCCCGUGUCGCAGUCGCCCAAGCCCCCGCCCGCUCAGCACCAGUUCGCCGCACCUCCCGUCAGCACUUCGGCCCCCGCCGUGUUAAAAGCCCAGCUUCCCGUCCACAGCCUGACGGCGGACCAACAACAGCACUUGCAACUGUUGGGGUCUCAGAUCCAGACGCUGUCGGCCAUCAGUCAGCCUUCCUUGCAGCAGAAGCAGCUGCUGGACAAGCUUCACCAGAUCCAGCAGAGCAUCCUGAUGCAGGUCAAGCAGCCUGUCCAGGCCAGCAGUCAGUUCGCCGUCCAGCAAGACUCAGCCGUGGACAAAGUGGCCGCCGCCGCGCCUGCCCAGCUGCAGCCCGCCUCAGUGCUCAUCACGAGUCCCGCCACAGCCUCAAGUGACUUACAGGUAGUCUCAGGAGUCCAAGGACCAGCUGGAGCCAAGGUGAACCAGACUAUCGCUCCCAUGAGCCUUACGCAGCCUGCACAGAUUCAGCCAAAGCCCGGAGUCAUCGGCUCGGUCGGAGGCGUGAGCCUGGGCAAGGCUGGCAUGCAGAUACACGUGCUCGGCGCCAACGUCACCCAAAUGCCUGCUCCGCAGCCCGCCACUCUGCUGCAACCUCAGACAACGUUGAAUAUGCCUUUCGGCGCGGAGCCCAGCAAGGAAGCCAGGAUGCUGGAGCAGCUGAGGAAGCAGCAAGGCUCUGUGCUUCACCCAAACUACAGCGCUCCUUUCUACUCCUUCGAGGACACGCUGCAGAGACUGCUGCCUUACCAUCUCUACCAGGGAACCGCCAACUCCUCUCAAGACUACCAGAGAGUGGAUGAGGAGUUUGAGACGGUCUCCUGCCAGCUGCUGAAGAGGACACAAGCCAUGCUGGACAAAUACCGACACCUGCUCUUCACCGAGUCCAAGCAAAGACUGGGGCCCUCGGCAGAGAUGGUGAUGAUCGACCGCAUGUUCAUCCAGGAGGAGAAGCUCGCUAUAAGCCAGGACAGGAUUUUGGCCAAAGAAAGACCAGAAGAGUUUUUGGCAAACGCUCGCCUGCUGGAGAGUUUAGCGAAUUCUCAACAGAAGUCGUCACCGCCGCCGCCCGAGCCCGCCACCAGCACAGCCCCGCCUCCAGCCGCUUCCGCCCCGGCCCCGGCUCCACCCGCGGAACCUCCACCUCCUGCCCCUGCCCCUGCCCUUACUUCGCACGUGGCCCCGAAAGCUGCACCGGCCAACCCCACUCCAGCACCGACCCCCGCGCCUGUCGCCACCCCGCCUCCUACGGCCUCCUUUCCCCCGACAAAACUGGUAAUAAAACAGGGAGGGGCCGGGGCUUCGGUGUCGUGGUCUAGCAGCUGCCCGCCAGCGCCAGUGGGGUCUGAGGCGGUCAGUCAGAGCUCCUACACUCGCUCCUCCUUGUUUUCCUCCAAGUCUCAAAUGGCGGAGGAGGACGAGGACGCGCUGCCGCAGAGGACUAGCAAGCCGCCCAUCAAGACCUACGAGGCGCGCAGGAGGAUCGGCUUGAAGCUGAAGAUCAAGCAAGACCAGACCGGCUUCAGUAAGGUGGUCCACAACACCGCCUUAGACCCCGUGCACACCUCUCAGCCCGAGACCCCCAAAUCUCUCCCUCCGUCGACGCCGCCCGCCGCCAUCAUCAGAACCCAGUCGCCGUUGUCCUCCGCCGCGCCGUCCACCCAGUCCACCCUGCCCCCGAGAGCCCCGCCCGCCACGCCUUCCGUGCAAAUGAACGGCACCUUAGACCACAACCCGGCCUCCACCGCCCGACCCUCCCAGACCACCUGCCGCCUCCCCCUCAGAAAGACCUACCGGGAGAACGUGAGUCCCCGAGUCAGGCCGGGCGUCCCGGGCGGUGGCGACGACACGGUGUCCUACCCUGCACCGUCGCCACCCUCCGCCGCGCACGAGCGAACAGUCAUAGCGAGCGUAAAGGUGGAGAAGAGAGGCCUGGACCAAGUCUUCAACCACGGUCUGAAGGGGCACCUCCCGCACCACCUGGACCGGGAGGGGGAGGAGCGCCCCGAGCAGGACGGCGACUUCGCCAAAUACAAGCGAACGAGCGGCAAACACAAACCCAGGCAAGCCGGCACCUUCCGCGUGGACCAGCACGCGCCGGGGCCCCCGUCCCCGGAGGUCCCGCGCGACUCGCUGCUCCCUGCCAAGCGCUGCAAGUCGGACUCGCCCGACAUGGACAACGCCAGCUUCUCCAGCGGCAGCCCCCCCGACGACUCUCUGAACCAGCACCUGCAAUGCGCCAUCGACAGCAUCCUCAACCUACAGCAGGAGCCCGCGCCGCGCGGCCACCGCCACAAGGGCGGCCGGACGCACCACAACAGACCCGUGUCCUCGCCCGCCGCCUCCUCCUCGUCCUCGCUGGCCCAGCACCCUCAGGUCAGUGGUCGCGGCCACAACGGCAGCCUGGUGCCACAGACUCAGAGCAGAUAACGGCCCCCCGCCCGACCCCGGACUGGACUGACGGGCGAGUGGGGAGAGGGGGGCGCCCGGGAGACAUGCCCGGUGCGGGCGGGCACUGUGACUCUGCCAAGAUGGCUGCUUGUCUUGUCCGGCCGGCUGGCGUCUUUUUGUCCAACCCGUGUCCCCUGACUUUUGAACACAUUCCUUAUAGCCCCCACAUUGGCCCCGCCUCCUUUCAACUACUUGUGUUAAUAAAAUCAAGCCCAAUGUGACAAAGUUGCUGUUCACGCCGCAGUGAUCGCUUUGGGCCAGCAGGGGGCAGGCCAGGCUCAUCACUACAUGACCCCUCCCCUCUCUAACAUGACUCCCCCUCCCCACACAUGACCCCUCCCCUACAUGACUCCACUACUCUCCUCUACAUGACUUCACUUUUCCCCUGCAUGGCUCCUCCCCUCCCCCACAUGACUCCUCCCCUACAUGCCCCCUCCCAUACAUGACUCCACUCUCCUACAUGACUUCUUUUUUCCCCUGCAUGGCUCCUCCCCUCCCCCACAUGACUCCUCCCCUACAUGGCCCCUUCCCUCCAUGACUCCUCCCCUCCUUUAUUUAAGCCUGCCGGACAAGUCCCACGCAGCAUGAGCAUCCAAACGAGAGAAAAGGAACAAUAAUAAUGUACAAAAAAAGAAUUUGAAGUAUAGUAUUACAGAUUAAUUUUGUAUUGUAUUUAUUGUGUAUAAGGAUACUUUUUAAAAAACAAACAACAAAUGUACAUUUAGUAAAACUGUAAAUUAAACCCUGCUUCUUUUAUGAAUCAAA